GUUCUUUGCACCAUAUUGGUUAGGUGGUGUACAGGUAUCCCCUGCCAAUGAACAUCGUGUUGUAACAGAAGAGCAAUGGCGACCAUGGUGGGAACGCUACCAGCCUGUAAGUUAUUCAGUGGUUAGUAGAAGUGGUGAUCGAGCUGAAUUCAUUGAUAUGGUAAAUCGAUGCAACGCUGUAAACAUCAAUAUUUAUGUAGAUGUUAUAUUCAAUCACAUGUGCGGAGAUCACAGUAAUGGGUAUGGUAUCGAUGGUAAUUGGUAUGAUACGACCAACGAUGCCCGCGAUUUCCCAGCCGUGCCCUACUCUGAGUGGGAUUUCAAUGAUGAUAUUUGCGACAAAAAUAUUGAGAAUUAUAAUGAUGAAUGGGAAGUUCGCAACUGUCGAUUAGUGGGUCUAGUUGAUCUAAAACUCAGUAAAACGUAUGUGCGCGAUAAAGUAGUGGAAUUCCUAAAUGAUCUGAUUUCUCUUGGAGUCGCUGGUUUCCGUGUAGAUGCGUGUAAACACAUGUAUCCCGAGGAUUUAGAAGUCAUUUAUGGGCAAUUGAACGACCUUGUCACACCGACAUUCCCUUCUGGCAGUCGACCGUUUAUUGUUCAAGAGGUGAUAGAUUACGGCGGUGAAGCAAUUUCAGCAACAGAAUACACUCACUUAGGUCGUGUGACUGAAUUCAAAUAUGGUCAAGAGCUGUCAAACUGUUUCAGGGGCAAUAAUGAUCUAAAAUGGUUAGUCAGCUGGGGAGAACCUUGGGGACUUUUACCAAGAG